ACUCGGUUCUAACGCCCGUCGCCCCGUUCCGGAACAUUGCCGCACAGACAGGCUUAACCAACCAUGAGCACUCACACCGAUAUGUAAGCGGCACGGUAACGACACGACGAUGGGCUUUCAUAAACGCGUCCGAGAUAUAAGGAAGCUUCUCCCGGUAUGCCUGGAAACCAUUCGAAUACAUCAUCCAACGACUUCCAACAUCACUGCACAAUCUUAACUCUCUACUCAAACCCCCCCGCAGCCAUGGCCUUCAACCUUAGCAAGCCGAAUCGCAAGAUUCAAGCCGGUGUCAUAUUGACAAAGGGCGUCACCGAGAUGCUCGACGUAGCGCCCUUUGAGUUCUUCGGCUGGACGGAUGAGACCGCGUGUCGGGUAAUGAACCUUCCCGAGGAGAUGUGGAAGGAUGCCAUCGAUAUUGAGCUCCACUGGGUCUCCGAGGAUGGGAAGCCAGUCCAGAUGAAGAGCGCAGCCCAGAUCGAACCCACCGACUCGUUUGCGUCUUGCCCACCGCUUGACAUUGCGCUUAUGGGUGCUAGCGUGGGCCACAAGACGAGCGACGCUGAGAUAGCCUUCAUUCGCAAAGUCUACGACCAGUGCAGCGCCUUCCUCACCAUCUGUGGCGGCGUCAUGCCCCCCCUGGAAGCAGGCAUCCUCGCCGGCAAAACGGCCACCGGCCCACGUCUGGUCAUCGGCGCCCUGCGGGAGAGGGCGCCGGCGGUCAAUUGGGUCGAGACGCGCUGGGCGCACGACGGCAAGCUCUGGACCUCGAGCUCGCUGCUGAACGGCACGGACAUGAUGCGCGCCUUCGUCGAGGCCACGUGGGGCGGAAAGAGCGGGAUGUUUGAGGCGCUCCUCGACAUCGGCGGGUUCCCUGCGAGGGACGUGGACUUCAAAGACUUCAAGGGACAUCACUACCCGAUGGAGAAACUGGAGUUUUGAUUGAUGGAUGAGUUCUUCUCUCCGAGAGACCCUGGUUCUUUGACAGUGCUAGAGUAUUUCAACUCCUUGUCGUUAGAUGUUUGCGACGGUUUCAAUGCGAAAAGAAGGAGAAACGUCGUAUCACUCGAAUGUUGUUGUAUCAGCCCGGAAUAUUAACUUAAAAUGAGUUCAACUUUUCCUCACGUGGUCAAGAACGCCUGGAACUGAC